GUUCUUUAGUCAAAAUACCACAACCCUUUAAUCCAAAGCCAUGAAUACCAAAAGAUUAUUAUUUUGGUCAUUAGCAACUGCCAUUGCUAUCCUUUUCAUCAAACUCGCCUUUUACACCAAAUCAAGCAGUAUUAUCUUUUCAACAGGAAGUGAAGUCUUUUCUAGUUUCAAAAGAGUUUAUGAGCAAACUGGAAUUUCUGAGAUCUUUUAUUUCGUAAGCCGGAUUCUUGGCCCAACAAUGGGUGGUAAGGCCACUUGUGAUGACAAUAAGUGGAAGUCUCCACUCAUAUCGAAGUACAAGGUCGAGCUAGUUCUGACCGUUGAUCAUUUGGGUUGUGGGAAAUUCAAAAGCUUACAAAAGGCAGUGGACGCUGUUCCAGAAGAAAGCCAGAAAAAAUCAUUAAUCAUUCUUGAUUCGGGCACAUACAAGGAGAAAGUGUUGGUGAGCAAGAAGAAGACUAAUUUGAUAAUUCAAGGCCAGGGUCGUCUCAAGACAAUGAUCGUGUGGAAUGACACUGCUGCUUCAAGCAACGGAACUAUCUACAGCUACACAGUUUGCAUUUAUGGUAAAAAUUUCAUUGCUUACGACAUCGGCUUCAAGAACACAGCUCCUCGUCCACAGGCAGGUGUAAUCGGAGCACAAGCUUUGGCACUGAGAAUUGCAGGUGACCAAGCGGCUUUCUAUAACUGCGGGUUUCAUGGAUUUCAAGACACUCUUAAUGAUGCUGAAGGAAGACAUUAUUUCAAACAAUGUUAUAUCGAAGGAACAGUUGACUUUAUCUUUGGGAAUGCUAGAUCAGUCUAUGAGAAUUGUACAAUUAUCUCUUUAGUCAAUAGUAAGAUUGUUGGAGCUAUAGCAGCACAAAAGAGGGAGUCGACUAAAGAGAAAACCGGGUUUUCGUUUGUGAAUUGUAAGAUACAAGGAAAAGUUGUUUCUCCUGAUGGAUGGAAUGACUGGAGAGACCCCAAAAGAGAUCAGACUGUUUUCUUUGGGGAGUAUGGGUGCUCGGGUCCAGGAGCAGCAAGCCAUUCUAGGGUUAAAUACGCAAAGCAACUGACCCUAGCAGAUGCAUCUCCUUUCAUGAAUAUCUCAUACGUUGAUGGAAAUGAAUGGAUUAAACUGUAAGAACAUUUAGAAUACAUUCAAAUUCAUGUCAUUCAUUGACACGUAUUCUAGGACUAGACAAUAUGAUCUGCGAGAAGCAUGCAUGAAGUGAAAAUCUAUCAUGGCUGGUGUUCGAAACGACAUCUUCUAUCAGUACGUGAUGAACUAGUAUGAGAAGUACUUUACAUUUCAUAAGAUCCGAGUUUAUUCUUUGAUGUAACAUACUGAGAAAGGGUUAUACAAUUAAUAGCACUAGAACAGUAGAAUUAGUCCUAUAUUGAAAUAAUUAAAAAGUUGCUUUUACCAUAUAUAUUAGAUAUAUGAAAUCUAUUCAAAUAUGAUAAGUGAUGUAUAUAAGAAACGCUUGUACAAGAACUCAUUAAUGACUUAAAAUCACUCAUUAAUGGCUUGAAAAGGUAACAUACAUAAC